GGGCCCGCUUCCGCCCUGCGCGCUGCCGGGGUCCCCGGCGACGAUGGCGGCGCGGCCCGUGCGCGUGUUGGUGGACAUGGACGGCGUGCUGGCCGACUUCGAGGCCGGCCUCCUGCGGGGCUUCCGGCGCCGCUUUCCCGGAGAGCCGCACGUGCCGCUGGCGCAGCGCCGCGGCUUCCUGGCCCGCGAAGCCCUGCGGCCGGACCUGGCGGACAAGGUGGCCAGUGUGUACGAAGCGCCAGGCUUCUUCCUGGACUUGGAGCCCAUCCCCGGAGCCGUGGAGGCCCUGCGGGAGAUGAACCGCAUGCCCGGCACCGAGGUCUUCAUCUGCACCAGCCCCCUGCUCAAGUAUGACCACUGUGUGGGCGAGAAGUACCGCUGGGUGGAGCAGAACUUGGGGCCCGAGUUUGUGCAGCGCAUUAUCCUGACGAGGGACAAGACGGUAGUCAGGGGGGACCUGCUCAUCGAUGACAAGGACAACAUUCAAGGUUUAGAGGAGACCCCGAGCUGGGAGCACAUCUUGUUCACCUGCUGCCACAACCAGCACCUGGCCCUGCCCCCCUCCAGGAGGCGGCUGCACUCCUGGAGUGACAACUGGAGGGGAAUCAUAGACAGCAAGCGCGCACCUGUUCAGCAGGACUGAGCAGGACCUGGCUGGGAAAUAGACACCAGAGUGUCUGCUUGCACAAGCCCUAUCAUGAAGCAGCUUCCAAGAUGGCAGGCUGAAUGAACAAUCAUGCCUGGCAUGGAAAUACAGUAGGGAAAUCAGGAUGCUUUUAAUUACAAAACCAAAAAACCAUAA